AUCUUCACUACAUUGUAACACGGAGAGAACAAUGGCUACUCUGACGGUCCCCGACCAGCUUCCUCCGGUGGCCGAAGAUUGCGACCGCCUCCAUAGUGCCUUUCAAGGUUGGGGAACGGAUGAGGGGGCGAUUAUAUCCAUUUUGGCUCACAGAAAUGCUAAACAACGCAGUCUGAUUCGACAGACCUAUGCUGAAACGCAUGGAGAGGAUCUCUUAAAGGCACUAGACAAAGAACUUUCAAGUGAUUUUGAGAGAGCUGUGCUUUUAUGGACUCUACAUCCGGCUGAACGUGAUGCAUUACUAGCCAAUGAAGCAAUAAGGAAACUUACCCCAAAGCAUUUUGUUAUACUGGAAAUAGCUUGUACUAGAACUCCUCGGGAUUUAUUCUUAGUGAAGGAAGAAUACCAUGCUCGUUUCAAGCGGUCGAUUGAAGAAGAUGUUGCAUAUCACACUACAGGUGAUUUUCGCAAGCUUCUGGUACCCCUUGUGACUGCAUAUCGAUAUGAUGGCCCUGAGGUAAACGCAGCCCUAGCCACAUCAGAGGCUAAGAUACUUCACGAGAAAAUCUCUGAGAAAGCUUACAAUGAUGAGGAGCUCAUCAGGAUUAUAAGCACUAGAAGCAAGGCACAACUAAAUGCUACAUUUAAUCAUUACAACGACCAAUUUGGGACUGCUAUAAACAAGGAUCUAAAGACCGACCCCGAUAACGAUUACCUUAAAUUUCUGAGAGCUGCUGUCAAGUGUCUAACUUGGCCUGAGAAAUAUUUUGAGAAAGUUCUUCGUUUAGCCAUCAAAGGGCUUGGAACCGACGAAGAGGCUCUGACUAGAGUAGUCGUGACGCGAGCUGAGGUCGACAUGAAACGGAUUGUUGAAGAGUAUUACCGGAGAAACAGCGUUCCUUUGGAUCAGGCGAUAAAAGGCGAUACGUCUGGGGAUUAUGAAAGGAUGCUUCUUGCUUUGAUUGGUAAUGACAAUGCUUGAGCCAAGAGCCCAGCCUGAGUAUGUUGGAUGUCGCUAUGUGUUGUUAUCAAUAAGGUACAUUCGUACUUGUUUUAUGCUGCUGUGAUAGGUAGUUAUAGAUGGAUCUUACAUUAAAUUAUAUGCUUAUAUCUUGUUGUUUGUAUAUUUUUCAUGGAUAUUAAUAUUCAAUAAGACCCUUUACUUUGAAGUA